AUGCAUGAUGUAUACAGGUAAGAUAGUCUAGCUAGCUACAUUUUCAGAUAUUACACGUUUCUAAUUUUGACAAAGUGGUUUCAUUUCAAGUUAAGGUAUACUGUUCGCUAGCUAGCUAACAUUAGCUGGCUAGCUAACAUUACUUGUAUGAUCUUUUUAUUCGUAUCUCAGCGUCAUUUGCUUGCUAACAUUGAACCUGGUUGGUUAGCUACCUUCAGAUUCAUGCAGGGUAGUAAAGUCAUUUGUUGGGAUUAUGGUUCAUUGUGUACCUAGCUAGCUACAUGUCUUAACAAAAGACUCCACUAUGCAAGUAACCAUUUCAGGUGUGUUAGUAAAUUCAGUCUGAGUAUGCCAGAGUGCAGAAUAACUGAUGAAUUUACGAACGCAUAACACCUGUUGAAUAUGGCCGGUGUCAGUAAACGUUGGCAAAAAAGUGUGAUUAAAUUGUUGCCAGCAGCACAGUUAGUCACCAACGCUCUGGAUAACAUGAAAACAGCCUAACCAGCUCUGCUAGGGCGAGUAAAAUGGUCAGUGGGUUGUUCUCUCAUUAAUAAGCUGGUUAGGCUGUUUUCAUGUUAUCAAGAGCAUUGGUGACUAACUGUGCUGCUGGCAAGAAUUUGAUUAAAUGAGAGAACACCCCACUGACCAUUUUACUCGCCCUAGCAGAGCUGGUUAGGCUGUUUUCAUGUUAUCCAGAGGUAAACAUUUCUGCAGCAUUGAAGGUCCCCAAGAACACAGUGGCCUCCAUCAUUCUUAAAUGGAAGAAGUUUGGUACCACCAAGACUCUUCCUAAAGCUGGACACCUGGCCAAACUGAGCAAUCGGGGGAGAAGGGCCUUGAUCAGGGAGGUGGAGAUGGUCACACUUCCAGAGUUCCUCUGUGGAGAUGGGAGAACCUUCCAGAAGGCACAACCAUCUCUGCAGCACUCCACCAAUCAGGCCUUUAUGGUAGAGUGGCCAGAUGGAAGCCACACCUCAGUAAAGGGCACAUAACAGCCCGCUUGGAGUUUUCCAAAAGGCACCUAAAGGACUCAGACCAUGAGAAACAAGAAUCUCUGGUCUGACGAAACCAAGAUUGAACUCUUUGACCUGAAUGCCAAGCGUCAAGUCUGGAAGAAACCUGGAACCAUCCCUACGGUGAAGCAUGGUGGUGGCAGCAUCAUGCUGGGGGGAUGUUUUUCAGUGGCAGGGACUGGGAGACUAGUCAGGAUCGAGGGAAAGAUGAACGGAGCAAAGUACAGAGAGGUCUUUAAUGAAAACCUGCUCCAGAGCACUCAGGACCUCAGACUGGGGCGAGGGUUCACCUUCCAGCAGGACAACGACCCUAAGCACACAGCCAAUACAACGCAGGAGUGGCUUCGGGACAAGUCUCUCAACGUCCUUGAGUGACCCAGCCAGAACCCGAUCUAACAUCUCUGGGAGACCUGCAAAUGGCUAUGCAGCGACGCUCCCCAUCCAACCUGACAGAGCUUGAGAGUAUCUGUAGAGAAGAAUGGGAGAAACUCCCAGAAUACAGGUGUGCGAAGCUUGUAGCAUCAUACCCAAGAAGAAUCGAGGCUGUAAUCGCUGCCAAAGGUGCUUCAACAAAGUACUGAGUAAAGGGUCUGAAUACUUAUGUAAAUGUAAUAUUUCAGUUUCUAUAUACAUUUGCUAAAAUUUCAAAAAAAUAGUUUUUGCUUUGUCAUUAUGGGGUAUUGUGUGUUGAUGGGGGGGGGGGGGGGGAACAAUUUAAUUUUAGAAUAAGGCUAUAACGUAACAAAAUGUGAAAAAAGUCAAGGGGUCUGAAUACUUUCCGAAUGCACUGUACAGUAUUGUACAGAAACUCAUAGAAUUGCGUUGGUGUCACAAGCCUUGUGUCACAAGCAAAGUGCAGUCUAUGCUGCAGGUGCUCAAGCAGUCAUUAAUUAAACCACCUCAUCCUGCCAAUGACAUUGGUGUGCAGCUUUGCCUCCUUAAGCAACAGGGCCAAUAAACAUUGAGUCAUGACCCACCUGUCUAUGGUAUCUAGACUUCAUUCAGUCCUACAAGUUCUGACCUUAAAGUCCAAGUUUUAAGGUUAAAGGGUUGUGUUUUCUGCUUAUACAGCACUGAAUGUUUUCUAAAGGGGUAAACAUCUGUUUUUGAUGUACUCUAGUUACAGCAGUGCAAUCAAGGUGUAUGCUUACUGAGGUCCAUUAAUACCUUCCAUUGCAAUGUUCAAGCAGGGACUUUACUCCCAGCACACAUGCGACUAUUUUAAAACUGCUUCUCCCCUGUGAGGAGUCUAACGGUAGGAGUCUUUACAUACUCAAACCAUUCAUAUUGAUGACUGGAGCUGCUGCGUAAAUGCUGCAUUGCAGUUUCAAUUGAAUCAAUCCCAUAGUCUCUGGCUACGUCCCAUUUAUUUGUCAUUCCUCAAGUGUCCACUUGUUCACUUCCUUCCUGAUUUAAGGAAUGACUGGCUAAAGAAUAUGUGGAACACUCCCUCUAGCCAUGCUCCAUAUCACAUGCUUUUAAAUGUGUGGGAGUGUGAACGAGUGUACACUUCAGAAACGAUUAUUGGAACGUCACCCCAUGUAAAAUUUGGCUCCCAGACAACAUUCAUUGAUUCCCUACCCUGAAGCAGGAGGACGGUGCAGCAAUCCAUGCUUUAGUUGUAUUUACCUGGCCAAGUUUCUUUUGCAAUAUCCCAUUUUCGCAUGUCCAAGUCAUCUUAAAUUAAUUAAACUACACAAUCAAAACGAAUGUCAUUUUGUAAUUUGGGUAAAAUAUCCUUUUGACUUGGUGUAGGUGCUUAAGAAUGGGUCUCUCAAGAUCCAACAUGGUGGACAUAAUACGUACCUGAUACACUGCAUGCCCUCUUUUUCUCUCCAGAUCCAACAUGGCAGUUGCCAGCAUGGCCAUGCCUGGCCCCACAGCGGGCCCCAUGCUGGGUUUUGAUGACUACAGUCUGUACAGCAACCUAUCAGAUGAUGAGCUGAUGCAGCUUGCUAUCGAACGCAGCCUCUGUGAGACCCACAAUGCCACUGCACCGGGUGAAGCCAGCAACAUCCCCACAGCUCUAGGCAGAAGAACAGUCCAGUAUAUGGCAAAUCCACCCCCAACCAGGCUGAACCCACCAAAUCCACCAAGGCAGGAACCAAGCCAUAGGCCGCCUACUGCCAACCCAACUGACGCGUAUGUGCCAGCUGAAAAGCGCCUUCAUUGUUUUUCAUUAUCCACUUGGGUCAUUGUGAAAGUAUGAAAAAAAUGUAUGCACUCACUAACUGUAAGUCGCUCUGGAUAAGAGUGUCUGCUAAAUGACUAAAAUGUAAAUUUGGACACCCUUUACAUUAAGUUGUAGGCUACAGAUAGUUACAUGCACUUCUAAUUUCUUGACAUAAUGACAUGUUAUUUGCAGAUGUAUGCAUGAGAGUGACUGUUUUCUUAAAUAAAUGACUUAACGUGACUAAACUAUUGACCUGCUAAUAUUGUUAGCCGGCAAACCAAGAGGCCCCUAGUAUCGGUUGUUGACAUACGACACCUCGUUAACAUGCUGGCCUCAUUGCUUCCCGCUGGGCCACGUGCAAAACACCUGUCCUAUUGCAUCUCAUGGCACUGGCCUCUUACCCAACAGGCAUUUUAGGAAUAGAUCCAAGUAGCACAGUCUGAAGUUCACAUGCCACCAUGGAGGAAAAUAGCAACACUGACGAAAACAAAUCUUCGUGCAGAGUUGGACGUACUGUUACAGGCUCUAAAAAGUGAUCUAUGUCACGUUACGGUCUUGGCAGGACAAUUUCUGGAUUGUGUGUGCAACUUGGCGUUCUAACAUAUCCUAGCGAAAUUAAAAAAUAUAUAUAGUAAUUGUGCCCUCCAAUUGUACAUGUUGUAUAUUAACAUACUGUGCACGUCUAAUGCCUACCCCUUAGAAAAGCAUUCAGAGGAACACUUGAAGGGAGAUAUGAACCAGAAUUGUGAUAUGGAACAGGUAUUUUAGAUGUAAUACAGAGCAAUGAGAAUUGAUUAAGGAAUCAAACAUUUCACUUUUGAAGAAACACACAUUAUCUAUUGAGCUUAGGGUCCCUCCAUAUUAGUUUAGUUAAUUUAAUGUACACAUUUGCAGCAGUCAGCUGUAUUACUGUCAACUGACUAUACAGUGCCAAUCAUAAGUAUUCACCCCCCUUGGUAUUUUGCACAUUUUGUUGCGUUACAAAGUAGGAUUGAAAUUGAUUUAAUUGUGAUUUGUUUUGAGGGGGGGGUUAUUGAUAUACCCAAUACUCAUUUUUAUAUACACUGAACAAAAAUAUGAACGCAACAUGUAAAGUGUUGGUCCCAUGUUUCAUGAGCUGAAAUAAAAAAAAUACAGAAAUGUUCCAUACGCACAAAAAGCUUAUUUCUCUAAAAUGUUGUGCACAAAUUUGUUUACAUCCCUGUUAUUUCUCCUUUGCCAAGAUAAUCCAUCCACCUGACAGGUGUGGCAUAUCAAGAAGCUAAUUAAACAGCAUGAUCAUUACACAGGCGCACCUUGUGCUGGGGACAAUAAAAGGCCACUUUAAAAUGUGCAGUUUUGUCACACAACACAAUGUCACAGAUGUCUCAAGUUUUGAGGGAGCGUGCAAUUGGACUGCUGACUACAGGAAUGUCCGCCAGGGCCUGGCUGGGUGGGCCUGGCUGCCAAGUGGGUGGGCCUAUGGCCUCCCGGGCCUCCCCAUUGCUGCACCCCUGCCCAGUCGUGAUUAGGGCCUAAUUUAUUUAUUUCAAUUGACUGAUUUCCUUAUGAACUGUAACUCAGUAAAAUAUUAGAAUUUGUUGCAUAUUUUUGUUCAGUAUAGUUGUUUUAGAAGUAUUCACCCGCUUUGUUUUGGCAAGCCUAAAUUAGUUUAGGAGUCAAAUGUGGCUUAACAAAUCACAUGAUAAGUUACAUUUCACUCUGUGUGAAAAAAUAGGGGUUAACAUGAUUUUUGAAUGACUACCCCUUCCUCUGUCCAGACUGUUCCCCAUGCAUACAACAUCUGUACAGUCCCUCAGUCAAGUAGUGAAUUUCAAGCACAAAUUCAACGACAAAGACUAGAGAGCUUUUUGAAAGCUUCACAAAGAAUGGCAGUGAUUGGUAGAUGGGUAACAAUAACAAAUCAGACACUGAAUAUAUCUUUAACCAAGGUCAAGUUAGUAAGACUGUGGAUGAUGUAUCAAACCACCCAGACACAACAAAAAUACAGUUAUCCUUCUGAACUGAGCUGCAGGACAGGAAGGAAACUGCCCAGGGAGGUCACCAUGAGGCCAAUAGUGAUUUUUAAACAGUUCAAUGGCUAUGAUGGGAGAACUGAGGAUGGAUCAACAACAGUCUAAUUGCUCCACAAUAAUGACCUAAAUGACAGAGUGAUUUAACUCAUUGUUUUAUUCAAAAAAAAAAAUGCAAUUUUCAGCCAUUAAUGGCCUUCAUCAGAACAAUGACACAAACUGAAUGGACAAGAACAUAUACUGUAGGUCAUGGGGAAGACUCUUACCUAGCUACUUUAUAAUGUCUUACCUAUAACCUACAGGUAACUGCCAAAAUAAAGGAAACACCAACAUAAAUUGUCUUAAUUGGGCGUUGGGCCACCACGAGUCAGAACAGUUUCAAUGCACCUUGGUAUAGAUUCUGUUGGAGGGAUGUGACACCAAUCUUCCACUAGAAAUUCCAUAAUUUUGUGUUUUGUUGAUGGUGGUGGAAAACGCAGUCUCAGUUGCCGCUCCAGAAUCUCCCAGAAGUGUUCAAUUCAUCCUCAAAAGGUUCUACAGCUGCACUGCACCGUUUAAAGCAUCUUGACUGGGCUGGCAAUCACCACUUGGUGACUGCAAUGCAGGCAUCCGACCAGAAGGCGCUAGCUAACAGACGGUGGGCGUAACGGCCCAGCCAUCCUGGGGCCCAAGCUCCCUGCCAUCCAGGUCCAGGUGGCCCCCAAAAUGUCCAACUCCCAUCCAACCCAGCCAGAGUUGUUCUCUCUGCUACCGCAAAGCAAGCGGUACGAGUGCACUGGGUCUGGAACCAACAGGACCCUGAACAUCUUCUACCACCCCCAAUCCAUUACUGUUAAAUAGCUUAUCAAAUUGCUAUAUGGACUAUAUGCAUUGACCCUUUUUUGCCCCCAACUCUCUUUCACUGACUCUAUGCGCGCACACACACUGGACCUAGACCCACACACUCACCCAUACUUACACUGACAUCCCAACCCACAUCCACACUUACACAUAUGCCCACACGCACACACAUGCACCCCCCCCCCCCCACACACACACACACAUUCACACUCACCACAUAUGCUGCUGCUACUGCCUUAUCUAUCCUGAUACCUAGUCACUUUACCCUAUAUGUAGAUAGCUACCACAAUUACUUCAUACCCCUGCACAUCGACUCGGUACUGGUACUCCCUGUAUACAGCACCUUCGGAUAGUAUUCAGACCCGUUGACUUUCACCACAUUUUGUUACGUUACAGCCUUAUUCUCAAAUAGAUUCAAUUGAUUUUUUCCUCAUCAAUCUUUACACAGUACCCCAUAAGACAAAGCAAAAACAGGUAUUUAUAUAUUUUUGCAAAUGUAUAAAAAAUUAAAAACCCAAAAUAUUACAUUUACAUCAGUACUUUGUUGAAACACCUUUGGCAGUGAUUACAGCAUCGAGUCUACUUUGGCAUGAUGCUACAAGCUUGGCACACCUGUAUUUGGGGAGUUUCUCCCAUUCUUCUCUGCAGAUUCUCUCAAGCUCUCUCAGGUUGGAUGGGGAGCGUUGCUGCACAGCUAUUUUCAGGUCUCUCCAGAGAUGUUUGAUCGGUUUCAAGUCCAGAUUCUAGCUGGGCCACUCAAGGACAUUCAGAUACUUGUCCCAAAGCCACUCCUGGGUUGUCUUGGCUGUGUGCUUAGGGUCGUUGUCCUGUUGGAAGGUGAACCUUCACCCCAGUCUGAGGUCCUGAGCACUCUGGAGCAGGUUUUCAUCAAGGAUAUCUCUGUACUUUGCUCCAUUCAUCUUUGUGUGGAUCCUGACUAAUCUCCCAGUCCCUGCCGCUGAAAAACAUCCCCCCAGCAUGAUGCUGCCACCACCAUGCUUCACCGUAGGGAUGGUGCCAGGUUUCCCCCAGACGUGUUGCUUGGCAUUCAGACCAAAGAGUUCAAUCUUGGUUUCAUCAGACCAGAGAAUCUUGUUUCUCGUGGUCUGAGUCCUUUAGGUGCCUUUUGGCAAACUCCAAGCGGGCUGUCGUGCCUUUUACUGAGGUGUGGCUUCCGUCUGGCCACUCUACCAUAAAGGCCUGAUUGGUGGAGUGCUGCAGAUAUGUUUGUCCUUCUGGAAGGUUCUCCAUUCUCCACAGAGGAACUCUAGAGCUCUGUCAGUGUCCAUCGGCUUCUUGUUUACCUCCCUGACCAAGGCCCUUCUCCCCUGAUUGCUCAGUUUGGCAAGGCAGCCAGCUCUAGGAAGAGUCUUGGUGGUUCCAAACUUCUUCCAUUUAGGAAUGAUGGAGGCCACUGUGUUCUUGGGGACCUUCAAUGCUGCAGACAUUUUUUGGGACCCUUUCCCAGAUCUGUGCCUCGACACAAUCCUUUCUCAGAGUUGUAAGGACAAUUCCUUCGACCUCAUGGUUUGGUUUAUGCAAAAAAACAAAUUUUGAUAAAAAUUAAAACAGUUUACGUUCAAAUGGCUAUCCUGUGAAGUAGUGAUGCGCGGCAUAUGCCUAGUUUCCUGAAACGAGUCACAUAUAGACAGGUGUGCCUUUCCAAAUCAUGUCCAAUCAAUUGAAUUUACCACAGGUGGACUCUAAUCAAGUUGUAGAAACAUCUCAAGGAUGAUCAAUGGAAACAAGAUGCAACUGAGCUCAAUUUCGAGUCUCAUAGCAAGGGGUCUGAAUACUUAUGUAAAUAAGGUAUUUCUGAUUAUAUUUUAAAAAAUAGAUUUGCAAACAUUUCUAAAAACCUGUUUUCGCUUUGUCAAUUUAUUUAUUUUUAUUUAACCUUUAUUUAACCAGGUAAGCCAGUUGAGAACAAGUUCUUAUUUACAAAUGCAACCUGACCAAGAUAAAGCAAAGCAGUGUGAUAAAAACAACACAGAGUUACAUAUGGGGUAAAACGAAACAAAGUCAAAAAAUACAACAGAAAAUAUAUAUACAGUGUGUGCAAAUGUAGCAAGUUAUGGAGGUAAGGCAAUAAAUAGGCUAUAGUGCAAAAUAAUUACAAUUAGUAUUAACACUGGAAUGAUAGAUGUGCAAGAGAUGAUGUGCAAAUAGAGAUACUGGGGUGCAAAUGAGCAAAAUAAAUAACAAUAUAGGGAUGAGGUAGUUGGGCGGGCUAAUUUCAGAUGGGCUGUGUACAGGUGCAGUGAUCGGUAAGGUGCUUUGACAACUGAUGCUUAAAGUUAGUGAGGGAGAUAAGAGUCUCCAGCUUCAGAGAUUUUUGCAAUUCGUUCCAGUAAUUGGCAGCAGAGAACUGGAAGGAAUGGCGGCCAAAGGAGGUGUUGGCUUUGGGGAUGACCAGUGAGAUAUACCUGCUGGAGCGCAUACUACGGGUGGGUGUUGCUAUGGUGACCAAUGAGCUAAGAUAAGGCGGAGAUUUGCCUAGCAGUGAUUUAUAGAUGGCCUGGAGCCAGUGGGUUUGACGACGAACAUGUAAUGAGGACCAGCCAACAAGAGCGUACAGGUCACAGUGGUGGGUAGUGUAUGGGGCUUUGGAGACAAAACGGAUGGCACUGUGAUAGACUACAUCCAAUUUGCUGAGUAGAGUGUUGGAGGCUAUUUUGUAAAUGACAUCACCGAAGUCAAGGAUCGGUAGGAUAGUCAGUUUUACGAGGGCAUGUUUGGCAGCAUGAGUGAAGGAGGCUUUGUUGUGAAAUAGGAAGCCGAUUCUGGAUUUAACUUUGGAUUUGAGAUUCUUAAUGUGAUUCUGGACGGAGAGUUUACAGUCUAACCAGACACCUAGGUAUUUGUAGUUGUCCACAUACUCUAGGUCAGACCCGUCGAGUAGUGAUUCUAGUCGGUGGGCAGGUGCCAGCAGUGUUUGAUUGAAGAGCAUGCAUUUAGUUUUACUACUGUUUAAGACCAGUUGGAGGCUACUGAAGGAGUGUUGUAUGGCAUUGAAGCUCGUUUGGAGGUUUUUUAACACAGUGUCCAAUGAAGGGCCAGAUGUAUACAAAAUGGUGUCGUCUGCGUAGAGGUGGAUCUGAGAGUCACCAGCAGCAAGAGCGACAUCAUUGAAAUACACAGAGAAUAGAGUCGGCCCAAGAAUUGAACCCUGUGGCACCCCCAUAGAGACUGCCAUAGGUCCAGACAACAGGCCCUCCGAUUUGACACAUUGAACUCUAUCUGAGAAGUAGUUGGUGAACCAGGCGAGGCAGUCAUUUGAGAAACAAUUUUGGCGGCUAGUUUUAGAAAGAAAGGGUCCAGAUUGUCUAGCCCAGCUGAUUUGUAGGGGUCCAGAUUGUGCAGCUCUUUAGAACAUCAGCUGUCUGAAUUUGUGUGAAGGAGAAGCGUGGUGGUGGGGGGGGGGGGGGGGGGUAAUUUGACAUAAUAUGAGUCAAUUGGAGGUGUACCUGUGGAUGCAUUUCAAGUCCUACCUUCAAACUCAGUGCCUCUUUGCUUGACAUCCAUGGGAAAAUCAAAAGAAAUCAGCCAAGACCUCAGAAAAGUGCAACUGCAUAUAGGGACAAAGAUCAUACUUUUUGGAGAAAUGUCCUCUGGUCUGAUGAAACAAAAAUAUAAUUGUUUGGCCAUAAUGACCAUCGUUAUGUUUGGAGGAAAAAGGGUGAUGCUUGCAAGCCGAAGAACACCAUCCCAACCGUGAAGCAUGGGGGUGGCAGCAUCAUGCUGUGGGGGUGCUUUGCUGCAGGAGGGACUGGUGCACUUCACAAAAUAGAUGGAGUCAUGAGGAAGGAAAAUUAUGUGGAUAUAUUGAAGUAACAUCUCAAGACAUCAGUCAGGAAGUUAAAGCUUGGUCGCAAAUGGGUCUUCCAAAUGGACAAUGACCCCAAGCAUGCUUCCAAAGUUGUGGCAAAAUGGCUUAAGGACAACAAAGUCAAGGUACUGGAGUGGCCAUCACAAAGCCCUUAUAGAAAAUGUGUGUGCAGAACUGAAAAAGCAUGUGCAAGCAAGGAGGCCUACAACCUGAUUCAUUUACACCAGCUCUGUCAGGAGGAAUGGGCCAAAAUUCACCCAACUUAUUGUGGGAAGCUUGUGGAAGGCUACCCGACACGUUUGACCCAAGUUAAACAAUUUAAAGGCAAUGCUACCAAAUACUAAUUGAGUGUAUGUAAACUUCUGACCCACUGGGAAUGUGAUGAAAUAAAUAAAAGCUGAAAUAAAUCAUUCUCUCUACUAUUAUUCUGACAUUUCACAUUCUUAAAAUAAAGUGAUGCUCCUAACUGACCUAAAACAGGGCAUUAAAUGUCAGAAAUUGUGAAAAACUGAGUUGAAAUGUAUUUGGCUAAGGUGUAUGUAAACUUCCGACUUCAACUGUAUAAACACACAGUGUAUAUAUAGUUUAGUCCCCCAUAUGUGGUGGAUGGAGGUGGGUUCAAAAUAAUAACGAUGAUGUUGAUGAUGAUAAUUAAUAAAGAACUGCACUAUUUUUAUCUCAUUAUUUUAACUACAACACUAUUUUCACAUACUGUAUAUAGACACUAGUAUGGUGCUGGAGAUAAUGAAUAUGAGGUCAAGGGGUAUGAAUACUUUCUGAAGGCAUUGUAUGUGGACUAAGAGAAAAAGGGUAAGUGUAUGAUAGUGGUUAUGUUUGCCUAUUAGGGAGGAGGACACUAUCGUGAAAGCCAUCCUGAAUGGUGAUGUGACUACGGUACGAGCUAUGGUUAAAGACACCGGGAAUAACAUACUGCGGCCUGACAAGUAUGGAUGGAUUCCGCUGCACGAGGCUGCAUAUUAUGGCCAAGACCAGUGUGUCAGGGUUCUUCUUGGGGGUAAGUGCAAUUCAAAACUCCAUAGAUGUACACAGUGAUGUAGUCAUUGGAUCAUUGUUGUUGUCCUUUUUGGUGAGACUAGUAUCACUUUAUUUUACAGUCUCAUUUCAGCUGGUACUUACCUGCUAUUUAACAAUGGACAUUCUUCUGGGCUCACGUCAAAUAAUUGAACAUUUUAACACAAUAGAAGUCCAUACCAAAUAGUACACCCAUUUUAGCCCUAAAAGCGGCAACAUAUUUUUUUGCUUAAAAGCACCAAAAGGGGUCGUUUUGACCCCAAAUUGGUAUUAAUUGCAAAGAAACACUGUCUGUCAAGCAUUAACACUUGUCAUUUAUUAACCUGUUGUAACACAAGUAAAUACCUAUAUAUUUUCAGGGUAUGGAGAUCUACAACUGUGCCAAAUGUUGUGCUUUUACAACAAAUUUACUAUUGAGCCCACAUUUUCAGCUUAGCUGUGCACCAUUAAUAAUACCAAACUAGCAACCUUUCGGUUACUGGCCCAACGCUCUAACCGCUACGCUACCUGCCGCCCCUCAUCAGUAUACAAAAUAAAUAUACUUUUUAAUUCCUCCAUAUUAACACAGAAAUCAUGAGAAAUUAUAUUUUUUUGUCUGUAACUAGUUGGUUGGCAAAGUUCAAUUUCAGAAGCAUAAAAAAAAGGGUUUCAAAAUUAUGUUAUUCUAAAUUUACCCCUGUGGGCGCUUUUAGGGUUAACAUUUAAUUACCAUGUAUUUUACAGUUUUAUCAAGUAAACUAAAUAGCUGAUUUUAAAAUACAGUAUAAAAUAAAGUAAAAACCUAGUCUCAUGUUUGUCUCCCGUGUUCUUCUUUCCACUUUUCAAGCUCAACCUGGUAUGAUUAACAAGUGCGACCUGAAAGGCCAGACUGCUCUCAUCUUGGCGGUGGGCAGGGAAAAGGUGGCCUGUGUAGAGGCACUUCUGGAGAAAGGGGCAGACACAGAACUCGCCACCAAGGAGAGAGAGACCCCCCUCUACAAAGGUAACAAAUUUGCCUUAAAGACCUACUAAGACCUACAGUGAGGGAAAAAAGUAUUUGAUCCCCUGCUGAUUUUGUACGUUUGCCCACUGACAAAGAAAUGAUCAGUCUACAAUUUUAAUGGUAGGUUUAUUUGAACAGUGAGAGACAGAAUAAUAACAACAAAAAUCCAGAAAAACGCAUGUUAUGUUAUAACAUAAUAUAACAUAUAAUGUUAUAAAUUGAUUUACAUUUUAAUGAGGGAAAUAAGUAUUUGACCCCCACUCAAUCUGAAAGAUUUCUGGUUCCCUGGUGUCUUUUAUACAGGUAACGAGCUGAGAUUAGGAGCACAUUCUUAAAGGGAGUGCUCCUAAUCUCAGUUUGUUACCUGUAUAAAAGACACCUGUCCACAGAAGUAUUUAAUCAAUCAGAUUCCAAACUCUCCACCAUGGCCAAGACCAAAGAGCUCUCCAAGGAUGUCAGGGACAAGAUUGUAGACCUACACAAGGUUGGAAUGGGCAACAAGACCAUCGCCAAGCAGCUUGGUGAGAAGAUGACAAGAGUUGGUGCGAUUAUUGGCAAAUGGAAGAAACUCUCUCGGCCUGGGGCUCCAUGCAAGAUCUCACCUUGUGGAGUUGCAUUGAUCAUGAGAACGGUGAGUAAUCAGCCCAGAACUACACGGGAGGAUCUUGUCAAUGAUCUCAAGGCAGCUGGGACCAUAGUCACCAAGAAAACAAUUGGUAACACACUACGCCAUGAAGGACUGAAAUCCUGCAGCGCCCGCAAGGUCCCCCUGCUUAAGAAAACACUUAUACAGGGCCGUCUGAAGUUGCCAAUGAACAUCUGAAUGAUUCAGAGGAGAACUGGGUGAAAGUGUUGUGGUCAGAUGAGACCAAAAAUCGAGCUCUUUGGCAUCAACUCAACUCGCCGUGUUUGGAGGAGGAAUGCUGCCUAUGACCUCAAGAACACCAUCCCCACCAUCAAACAUGGAGGUGGAAACAUUAUGCUUUGGGGGUGUUUUUCUGCUAAGGGGACAGGACAACUUCACUGCAUCAAAGGGACGAUGGACAGGGCCAUGUACCCUCAAAUAUUGGGUGAGAACCUCCUUCCCUCAGCCAGGGUAUUGAAAAUGGGUCGUGGAUGGGUAUUCCAGCAUGACAAUGACCCAAAACACACGGCCAAGGCAACAAAGGAGUGGCUCAAGAAGCAGCACAUUAAGGUCCUGGAGUGGCCUAGCCAGUCUCCAGACCUUGAUCCCAUAGAAAAUCUGUGGAGGGAGCUGAAGGUUCGAGUUGCCAAACAUCAGCCUCGAAACCUUAAUGACUUGGAGAAGAUCUGCAAAGAGGAGUGGGACAAAAUCCCUCCUGAGAUUUGUGCAAACCUGGUGGCCAACUACAAGAAACGUCUGACCUCUGUGAUUGCCAACAAGGGUUUUGUCACCAAGUACUAAGUCAUGUUUUGCAGAGGGGUCAAAUACUUAUUUCCCUCAUUAAAAUGCAAAUCAAUAUAUAACAUUUUUGACAUGCGUUUUUCUGGAUUUUUUUUUGUUAUUCUGUCUCUCACUGUUCAGAUAAACCUACCAUUAAAAUUAUAGACUGAUCAUGUCUUUGUCAGUGGGCAAACGUACAAAAUCAGCAGGGGAUCAAAUACUUUUUUCCCUCACUGUAUAUCUGCCAACGUCAUUGUUAUUAUUCUUUUAUUCUAAGCGUAGUAAGUCAUAGACUACUUGACUGAUAGUAAAAUAACUUGUUGAGCAGCAACACCGUGAGAAAACCUUGGCUGAAAAACUUGCCGUUGGGCUUGCUGGGCUGCAAAUCUGAAAGAAAAUUACUGGUAUAAGAAACAUGGUGGUGGAAAAUCCCUCCAGACCAUGCCUACACCGAUCUAAUCUUUUUACAUUUGUGGGGUUUACUAGUGAACAAGUGCACACUUCCCGAGAAAGGAGAGGUGAUUGGGAGACAUACAACUACACCCAAAAUCUGCCAUUACAGAUUCACUCUCCCAGUACCUGCAAGCUGUCUUGAGUACCCUGGGAAUAACCCCAAACCCUUGUUUAGGAAACACUUUCUACCAUGACUAACAAAGGUUGGGAAAUCUUCCAUUUAUCCCGUCUGUCAAUCUUUGACCGUAUUCCACAGCUUGUGAAAGGGAGAAUGCUGAGAUUGUGGCCAUUCUUCUGAAUCACGGUGCUGUGGUGAAUAAACACUGCAUCCAGGGCUGGACGGCUUUCCAGGAGGCUGUGAGCCGCAACAGCGUGGAGAUCUGUGAGAUGUUGGUCCAGGCUGGGGCUAAGCUCAGCCCAACCAACAUGUACGGUAUCACACCCCUGUUUACUGCAGCCCAGAGUGGAUGCGUGGAAACACUUAAAUUUCUCAUUAAACACGGUACGAUUUUAUCUGGAAAAGCAGGUGAAUUCUGUAGGCCAAAUGGAUUACACUUAAUUGAGACAGUCCACAGACCACAUAGAGCUGUUAUGGAGCUCUAACCAUGGAUCUUUGGUUGACGUUUGUUACUGUAUGUUACACUGAAUAUAUGUUGUAGGUGCUGAUAUCAACAGCGAGGCAAGCGAUGGGGCCACAGCUCUGUAUGAGGCAGCUAAGAAUGGCCAUGAGGACAUUGUGAAGCUUCUUCUUUCUCAGAAUGCUGAUGCCAACAAAGCGGGCAAGAAAGGACUUCUGCCACUACAUAUCGCUGCCCAACGAGGAACUGAUGGGUAGGCGCAAUUAGCUUAAAUUACCUUAAAAUAUGGGAAGACAUCCCCGCACAGUACCCUUAAAGGGAUAGUUCGCCCAAAUUACAAAAUUACAUAUUGGUUUCUUUACCGCGUGAGCAGUCUGUGUGACAAGGUAUGACAGCAAUCCAUGCUUUGUUUACCUGGCCACUGUUUCAAAAUGCUAACUUUUUUUGCAUUUGUGGCACAAAUCCAAGACAAGGCAAUGCUACUGAUUAUUAGCAUUUUUUGCACUUCAAGUCCAAAUCAGCUCAAUGAAGUUACUUAUAGAUGAUUUUUAAAUGCUGUAUGUCUCAUUAUAUGAGAUGCAUAGUGCCUUCAGAAAGUAUUCAUACCCCUUGACUUAUUCCACAUUUUGUGUGUUAAAGCCUGAAUUAAAAAUUUAUUAUAUAUAUAUAUAUAUAUAUAUAUAUAUAUAUAUAUAUAUAUAUAUAUAUAUAUAUAUAUAUAUAUACAGGGGGGGAAAAAAGUAUUUAGUCAGCCACCAAUUGUGCAUGUUCUCCCACUUAAAAAGAUGAGAGAGGCCUGUAAUUUUCAUCAUAGGUACACGUCAACUAUGACAGACAAAUUGAGAAAAAAAAUCCUGAAAAUCACAUUGUAGGAUUUUUAAUGAAUUUAUUUGCAAAUUAUGGUGGAAAAUAAGUAUUUGGUCACCUACAAACAAGCAAGAUUUCUGGCUCUCACAGACCUGUAACUUCUUCUUUAAGAGGCUCCUCUGUCCUCCACUCGUUACCUGUAUUAAUGGCACCUGUUUGAACUUGUUAUCAGUAUAAAAGACACCUGUCCACAACCUCAAACAGUCACACUCCAAACUCCACUAUGGCCAAGACCAAAUAGCUGUCAAAGGACACCAGAAACAAAAUUGUAGACCUGCACCAGGCUGGGAAGACUGAAUCUGCAAUAGGUAAGCAGCUUGGUUUGAAGAAAUCAACUGUGGGAGCAAUUAUUAGGAAAUGGAAGACAUACAAGACCACUGAUAAUCUCCCUUGAUCUGGGGCUCCACGCAAGAUCUCACCCCCUGGGGUCAAAAUUAUCACAAGAAUGGUGAGCAAAAAUCCCAGAACCACACGGGGGGACCUAGUGAAUGGCCUGCAGAGAGCUGGGACCAAAGUAACAAAGCCUACCAUCAGUAACACACUACACCACAAGGGAUUCAAAUCCUGCAGUGCCAGACAUGUCCCCCUGCUUAAGCCAGUACAUGUCCAGGCCCGUCUGAAGUUUGCUAAGACUGCAUUUGGAUGAUCCAGAAGAGGAUUGGGAGAAUGUCAUAUGGUCAGAUGAAACCAAAAUAGAACUUUUUGGUAAAAACUCAACUCGUCGUGUUUGGAGGACAAAGAAUGCUGAGUUGCAUCCAAAGAACACCAUACUUACUGUGAAGCAUGGGGGUGGAAACAUCAUGCUUUGGGGCUGUUUUUCUGCAAAGGGACCAGGACGACUGAUCCGUGUAAAGGAAAGAAUGAAUGGGGCCAUGUAUCGUGAGAUUUUGAGUGAAAACCUCCUUCCAUCAGCAAGGGCAUUGAAGAUGAAACGUGGCUGGGUCUUUCAGCAUGACAAUGAUCCCAAACACACCGCCCGGGCAACGAAGGAGUGGCUUCGUAAGAAGCAUUUCAAGGUCCUGGAGUGGCCUAGCCAGUCUCCAGAUCUCAACCCCAUAGAAAAUCUUUGGAGGGAGUUGAAAGUCCGUGUUGCCCAGCGACAGCCCCAAAACAUCACUGCUCUAGAGGAGAUCUGCAUGGAGGAAUGGGCCAAAAUACCAGCCACAGUGUGUGAAAACCUUGUGAAGACUUACAGAAAACGUUUGACCUGUGUCAUUGCCAACAAAGGGUAUAUAACAAAGUAUUGAGAAACUUUUGUUAUUGACCAAAUACUUAUUUUCCACCAUAAUUUGCAAAUAAAUUCAUAAAAAAUCCUACAAUGUGAUUUUCUGGAUUUUUUUUUCUCAUUUUGUCUGUCAUAGUUGACGUGUACCUAUGAUGAAAUUUACAGGCCUCUCUCAUCUUUUUAAGUGGGAGAACAUGCACAAUUGGUGGCUGACUAAAUACUUUUUUUCCCCACUGUAUAUCUCACCCAUCUACACGCAAUACCCCAUAAUGAAAAAGUGAAAACAUGUUUUUCGAUUUUUUUGCAAAUGUAUUGAAAAUGAAAUACAAAAAUAUAUAAUUUACAUAAUUAUUCACACCUCUGAGUCAAUACUUUUUUUUCAAUGGGAUUCAAGUCUGGGCUUUGGUUGGGACACUCAAGGACUUUCACAUUCUUGUUCUGAAGCCAUUCCAGCGUUGCUUUGGCAGUAUGCUUGGGGUCUUAUCCUGUUGAACGUAAAUCUUCGACCCAGUCGAAGGUCAUUUGCACUCUGAAACAGGUUCUCAUCAAGGAUUUUCCUGUAUUUGGCUCCAUUCAUUGUUCCCUCUAUCCUCAGUCUCCCAGUCCCUGCCACUGAAAAGCUUCCCCAUAGCAUGAUGCUGACACCACCAUGCUUCACGGUAGGGAUGGUUUUAGAUGGGUGAUUAGCUGUGCCUGGUUUUCCCAAGACAUAACGCUUUGCAUUCAGGCCAAAGAGUUCAAUUUUUGCCUUAUGCUCUCUCUUUCACGUGCCUUUUUGCAAAUUCCAGGCUUGCUGUCAUGUGCCUUUUUCUCAGAAGUGGCUUCCAUCUGGCCACUCUCCCAUAAAGUCCAGAUUGGGGAAGUGCUGUAGAGACCGUUGUCCUUCUAGCAGGUUCUCCCAUCUCAGCCAAGGAACUCUGUAGUUCUGUCAGAGUGGUCAUUAGGUUCUCGUCACCUCCCUGACCAAGGUCCUUCUUGCCCGGUUGCUCAGUUUGGUCGGACGGCCAGCUCUAGGCAGAGUCUGGGUAGUUCCAUAUAUUUUCAAUAUCUCAAUGUUGGAGACCACUGUGCUCUUGGAAACUUUCAACAUUCUAGAAAUUGUUUAAACCCUUCCCCAGAUACAUGCCUCGUGACAAUUCUAUCUCGGAGAUCUACAGACAGUUCCUUGGACUUGGUAUAGUUUGUGCUCUGGCAUGCACUGUCAACUGUGGGACCUUAUAUAGACAUGUGUGUUUCUUUCUAAAUCAUGUCCAAACAAUUGAAUUGGCCACAGAUGGACUCCUAUCAAGUUGUAGUGAAAUCUCAAGCAUGAUCAAAGGAAAUUGGAUGCCCCUGAGCUCAAUUUGGAGUGUCAUAGCAACGCGUGUGAAUAGUUAUGCAAAUUAGAUAUUUAUGUAUUUUAUUUUCAAUACAUUUCUAAAAACAUGUUUUCACUUUGUCAUUAUUGGGUAUUGGGUGUAGCUGGGUGAGAGGUAAAAAAAAACAAUUUGAUCCCUUUUGAAUUCAGGGUUCAACAAAGGAAGUCAAUGGGUAUGUAGACUUUUACAAAUAGCCUACACCAGAGAUAGCCAAAUGAUUAUAAUUAUGUUGCUUACCCCUGGCCUACAUAUUAUUAUUAUUAUUAUUAUUAUUAUUAUGUAUAUUAUUAUCAUACAUUGUUGUAUUGUUUCCAGAAAAACCCUGCUGACCUAUGACAUCUACAAUUAUGACAAGUCAGUUAAGUAAGUGCCUAUGUCUGUCUGGAGUUGCCAAUGAAGUUGUGGUAGAUAAGCGCUCCUUUAACAUGUGACUUUAACCCAAGCUUUGCUCAGUAGAAGACGUAUUUGACAGUUAUUAAAACGUUAUCUCUGGAAUGUUUUUUGGUCCUCUGUAAUAUUGUUGUAUAUUAAUAUUUUUAUGUUUUCUGUAACCAUUGCUUUGUUUAUGCAGGUUUAUUUUGUGUUUGCUUUUUAAUGUGUUGUCAUUGUCAGUAAAUGUAAUAAUUCACACUCAAUCCAUUGAGUGGAAUGCUAUCCAUGAUGUUCAUCCCCAUGUGUUCAAUGUGUGUGGUAUGUUAAACAACACAAUUAUCUAAGCUUUUAGCAUUAUAGCAAGCUGUCCGUUUACAGUAUCAGAGGAAACCUGCUCACACAAGGUGAAUUGGAUGUUGGAAAACAGCUCCAAAGCUGAUAAAUCGAUUCACCACCUGGUCCCAAAAAAUGUUUUGGGCCAUGAAUGGCUACCUCAACAUGCAAUCUUUCAUGGGGGUCAAAGGUCAUACAUGUAUGCAUUUUGGGGUAUAUUGAGCCAAAAUGGACAGUAUUGGGAUAUGCUCUAUUAUCACAUGGUACCCAGAUGAUAACUACACUAAAUCUCACACAGAACAAGAUUUUGUCUGCAAUCAGACCCAGUAGCCUAUUUUCAAGAUGGCCACCAUUAAUUUCAAUGGGGAGGAACUGCAUUGAUUUUGCAUGGUCCUAACUGAAUAAAAAAAUUAGUGUAAUAAGAUCAUAAUGAGUGCACCAAUCUUUACAGUGAUACCUAGCUAUUGUACACAUUUUCCAAUAUGGCCACCAACCGGCUCCAUUGGUUUUAAUUGGAUUGGUCUGACAUUGACACAACUCUUUCAAAAAUAGGUAGAAUAUGCCUAAUGAUAUUUAAAGGUUUGCAAAAUAUAUAAUCUUUGUAAAAUAUUAGCAACAUUUUUCAAAAAAUGUGCCAGAAACACAAUGUAUAAAUCAUAUAACUGUUUUUGGUCAGUAUUUGAAUCCCUAAUUUCUGUAUUUUAUUUUCAAACAAUUAAAAAUGUGUCUAUAAUAUUCCUAAAGGGAUCUUUCACUGGUUUGUAGUGAUUAUGAUAAACAAUAUUAUGCCAUAUUGUUAAAUAUAAAAUAUAUGUCUUGAAUCCUGUCAUAAUCACUGCAUUCCAACAUAACAUUCUAACAAACUGUCUGAUGGGAAUCAACUUACAUAGCUGGUGAAAUAUUAAAGCCUUAGGUUUACAGCCUUCAUAGAUAGUGUCUAGUUACACUAUUUAUGAAAAAAUAGUAUAUUGUAAUAUAGGGCCUACUGAAAAAUGUAUUGGUUAGUGGCUGCUGAGGGUUGUCGAGGGCAUAAGCAAUGGUCUAAUUGCUAAAAGGCUGGAUUUUUUUCGAAUUACUAAUUGCAUUAUUUCUAUAAAACAUGUCAACCAGCCACUGAACUAAUGGCUACAAAAUGAUUAGGUAACAUAUUUCAUAAAAUAACUUGUAAGGUUAGAGAGCAUACUUUUAAGAUCAUGAUGGUCAGGCACAGAAACUAUAAUAAUCACCAAUGUUCCUUUUAGAGAUAAUGAGUUGUUUACCUAAAUCUUUGUGUUAACUUGCUGGGACAACUCAACAAAUGACUGAGCACACCUUUCAUCUCAGCAUGUUGAGUAUUUCUAUGCAACAGACUAUUACAGGUGGCAACUAUAAAACCAAUACACUACCAGAUUUGAAUAUCUUGGACUUGUAUUAUUUCCCAGUAUGACCAAUUUCCCUAAAACAAAUAUAUAGUUCUGCUAUUUAUAACAUUGUUGUUUGAAUGAGUCAGUCUAGUUUAUUCAUCUGGAAAAUUUACCAAAUCCCAUGGUUUUUCAGAUGAGAUCCACCCAAUUGAAUGUUCCAUUGUUGUUUGAUAGUCAUUUUCAAUGAGCAUGUGAACAUUCCAACUUGUCUCAACAUUCAUUUGUCAGCCUGUGAACAUUAUAUUGCAUAGACUCCCUACAACAAGAUAUAUAAAGGUGUGGAAAACAUAGAAAGCAACAUUUUUGGAGAGGGUAUCAGAUAUCAAUUUGAUCAGGGGCUUGUGGGGAACAAUUUACCAUCAAACCUUUGCCUCACUAAAGUGGACACAUUUUUCCACUGACACAUGGACUAUAACUUCCAAACCAGCAAAAUGGAAAGAUGUUACAUUCCAAAUAUUUAGCAAAAUAUAAUGUUUUAAAAGUGCAAACAACUCGAGUUUUUUGCUAUGCAAGAUGCGAUCUUGCCCAUAGAAAUAUAAUUAAUCAUUCUAUGUGAUCUUGCCACAGAUAACCAUUCUGAUUGGUUACUGAUGAUGCAAUUCAAGUUCUGGAGGAUACGUUCAGCUAACCUCGGUCCAAUGCUGUGAUUUCACUGCUGGUGUCCAUUCUUUCUUUUGAAUAGACUUCAAGUGCAAAAAUGCAUGAAAAUGCAAAGCCUUUGUCAAAUACAUUGGGCAGAAGUGAAUGAAUCUAUAAAUAUGAAUAUAUAUACUGAACAAAAAUAUAAAUGCAACAUGCAACAAUUUCAAAGAUUUUACUGAGUUACAGUUCAUAUGAGGAAAUCAGUCAAUUUAAAUAAAUUCAUUAGGCCUUAAUCUAUGGAUUUCACAUGACUGGGAAAGCACCCCCACAGCAUGAUAUUGCCACCCCCGUGCUUCACAGUUGGGAUGGUGUAGGAGCAGUGGCUUCUUCCUUGCUGAGCGGCCUUUCAGUUUAUGUCGAUUUAGGACUCGUUUUACUGUGGAUAUAGAUACUUUUGUACCUAUUUCCUCCAGCAUCUUCACAGGGUCCUUUGCUGUUGUUCUGGGAUUGAUUUGCACUUUUUGCACCAAAGUACGUUCAUCUCUAGGGGACAGAACACAUCUCCUUCCUGAGCGGUAUGACGGCUGUGUGGUCCCAUGGUGUUUAUACUUGCAUACUAUUGUUUGUACAGAUGAAUGUGGUACCUUCAUGCAUUUGGAAAUUGCUCCCAAGGAUGAACCAGACUUGUGGAGGUCUACAAUAUUGUUUCUGAGGUCUUGGCUGAUUUAUUUUGAUUUUCCCAUGAUGUCAAGCAUUGAGGCACUGAGUUUGAAGGUAGGCCUUGAAAUACAUCCACAGGUACACCUCCAAUUGACUCAAAUGAUGUCAAUUAGCCUAUCAGAAGCUUCUAAAGCCAUGACAUCAUUUUCUGGAAUUUUCCAAGCUGUUUAAAGGCACAGUCAACUUAGUGUAUGUAAACUUCUGACCCACUGGAAUUGUGAUACAGUGAAUUAUAAGUGAAAUAAUCUUUCUGUAAACAAUUGUUGGAAAAAUGACUUGUGUCAAACAUAAAGUAGAUGUCCUAACCGACUUGCCAAAACUAUAGUUUGUUAACAAGAAAUUUGUGGAGUGGUUGAAAAACGAGUUUUAAUGACUCCAACCUAAUUGUAUGUAAACUUCAGACUUCAACUGUAAUAUAAUAAAUAGUCUUAAGGGCUGAUAAUGUUGCAGCUGCUCUUGUGGUGAUACUGAUGAUUUGUUGACUCCAUUCGUGGGAACCGCUCAUGUCAUGGCCAUCUAUGUAAUCAUGGGCUUGAACAAGGUGAGCAAAUUGCUUAUAUGGCUUACACUACCGUUCAAAAGUUAGAAAUGUCCUUGUUUUCGAAAGUAAAUCAAUUUUUUUGUCCAUUAAAAUAAAAUCACAUUGAUCAGAAAUACAGUGUAGACAUUGUUAAUGUUGUAUAUGGCUAUUGUAGCUGGAAACGGCUGAUUUUUUUUAUGGAAUAUCUACAUAGGCGUACAGAGGCCCAUUAUCAGCAACCAUCAGUCCUGUGUUCCAAUGGCACGUUGUGUUUGUCAUUAGAAACCCCUUUUGCAAAUAUGUUAGCACAGCUGAUCCAUGUUGUGCUGAUUUAAAGAAGCAAUAAAACUGGCCUUCUUGAGACUAAUUGAUUAUCUGGAGCAUCAUCAAUUGUGGAUUCGAUUACAGAAUCAAAAUGGCCAGAAACAAAAAACUUUAUUCUGAAACUCAUCAGUCUAUUCUUGUUCUGAGAAAUUAAGGCUAUUCCAUGCGAGAAAUUGCCAAGAAACUGAAGAUCUCGUACAACGCUGUGUGCUACUCCCUUCACAGAACAGCACAAACUGGCUCUAACCAGAAUAGAAAGAGGAGUGGGAGGCCCCGGUGCACAACUGAGCAAGAGGACAAAUACAUUAGAGUGUCUAGUUUGAGAAACAGACACCUCACAGGUCCUCAACUGGCAGCUUCAUUAAAUAGUACCUGCAAAACACCAGUCUCAACAUCAACAGUGAAGAGGCUACUCCGGGAUGCUGACAUUCUAGGCUUGUUGCAAAGAAAGUUGCAAAGAAAAAGCCAUAUCUCAUCCUGCCCAUCAUAAUCUUUUCUUUUUAUUGGCCUGUCUGAGAUAUAGCUCACCCAAAUAAUCUAUACAGUGGGGGAAAAAAGUAUUUAGUCAGCCAACAAUUGUGCAUGUUCUCCCACUUAAAAAGAUGAGAGAGGCCUGUAAUUUUCAUCAUAGGUACACGUCAACUAUGACAGACAAAAUUAGAAUUUUCUUUCUCCAGAAAAUAUAUUUAUAUAUAUUAUAUUUUUAGUCAUUUAGCAGACGCUCUUAUCCAGAGCGACUUACAUUAGCAAUUAGGGUUAAGUGCCUUGCUCAAGGGCACAUCGACAGAUUUUUCACCUAGUCGGCUCGGGGAUUAGAACCAGCGACCUUUCGGUUACUGGCACAACGCUCUUAACCACUAAGCUACCUGCCGCCCAAAAUCACAUUGUCUGAUUUUUUAUGAAUUUAUUUGCAAAUUAUGGUGGAAAAUAAGUAUUUGGUCAAUAACAAAAGUUCCUCAAUACUUUGUUAUAUACCCUUUGUUGGCAAUGACACAGGUCAAAUGUUUUCUGUAAGUCUUCACAAGGUUUUCACACACUGUUGCUGGUAUUUUGGCCCAUUCCUCCAUGCAGAUCUCCUCUAGAGCAGUGAUGUUUUGGGGCUGUCGCUGGGCAACACGGACUUUCAACUCCCUCCAAAGAUUUUCUAUGGGGUUGAGAUCUGGAGACUGGCUAGGCCACUCCAGGACCUUGAAAUGCUUCUUACGAAGCCACUCCUUCGUUGCCCGGGCGGUGUGUUUGGGAUCAUUGUCAUGCUGAAAGACCCAUCCACGUUUCAUCUUCAAUGCCCUUGCUGAUGGAAGGAGGUUUUCACUCAAAAUCUCACGAUACAUGGCCCCAUUCAUUCUUUCCUUUACACGGAAAAACAGCCCCAAAGCAUGAUGUUUCCACCCCCAUGCUUCACAGUAGGUAUGGUGUUCUUUGGAUGCAACUCAGCAUUCUUUGUCCUCCAAACAUGACGAGUUGAGUUUUUACCAAAAAGUUAUAUUUUGGUUUCAUCUGACCAUAUGACAUUCUCCCAAUCCUCUUCUGGAUCAUCCAAAUGCACUCUAGCAAACUUCAGACGGGCCUGGACAUGUACUGGCUUAAGCAGGGGGACACGUCUGGCACUGCAGGAUUUGAGUCCCUGGCUGCGUAGUGUGUUACUGAUGGUAGGCUUUGUUACUUUGGUCCCAGCUCUCUGCAGGUCAUUCACUAGGUCCCCCCGUGUGGUUCUGGGAUUUUUGCUCACCGUUCUUGUGAUCAUUUUGUCCCCACGGGGUGAGAUCUUGCGUGGAGCCCCAGAUCGAGGGAGAUUAUCAGUGGUCUUGUAUGUCUUCCAUUUCCUAAUAAUUGCUCCCACAGUUGAUUUCUUCAAACCAAGCUGCUUACCUAUUGCAGAUUCAGUCUUCCCAGCCUGGUGCAGGUCUACAAUUUUGUUUCUGGUGUCCUUUGACAGCUCUUUGGUCUUGGCCAUAGUGGAGUUUGGAGUGUGACUGUUUGAGGUUGUGGACAGGUGUCUUUUAUACUGAUAAAAAGUUCAAACAGGUGCCAUUAAUACAGGUAACGAGUGGAGGACAGAGGAGCCUCUUAAAGAAGAAGUUACAGGUCUGUGAGAGCCAGAAAUCUUGCUUGUUUGUAGGUGACCAAAUACUAAUUUUCCACCAUAAUUUGCAAAUAAAUUCAUAAAAAGUCCUACAAUGUGAUUUUCUGGAUUUUUUUCCCUCAAUUUGUCUGUCAUAGUUGACGCGUACCUAUGAUGAAAAUUACAGGCCUCUCUCAUCUUUUAAGUGGGAGAACUUGCACAAUUGGUGGCUGACUAAAUACUUUUGUGACUUUGUUAAGCAUCACAAUCAAUUUGAGAUACUUUUAGAUAAUUUGUACAUGAUGCGUGAAAAAUCAUAAUAUCGGUCCCAUGACUUCAAUGGGAUUUGUGCCACAAAUGCUAAAACCUGUCAUAGCUUGUCCAUAGACUGCUUACAGAGUAAGGAAACCAAUAUGUAAUUUUUAUCCCUUUAAAGCAGUAAUGUGUGAGUUAUAGAUCUGUCAUUCUUAUUGAAAGCAAGUCUAUGAAGCGGUAGAUAUGUACUAUUUGUGCUAUUUCUAUGCUUUCCCCUUAUUAUGUUUAAUUUUUGUACACCAGCUUCAAACAGCUGAAAAUUAUUAUUUUUUGGUUAUGGAGAAUAUAUUCCACAGCGGUUUAGAUGCUACAACGAUUAUCUACACUAUACUUGCUUUAUUUCUCACGUGUUAGAAUUUUAGCAACCAGGAAAUGUUGGAGGGAUUUCUGCAUAGUGCAUCUUUAAUUGUUGACCAUGUAACGCUAGUGCUUAAAAUAAUCAUAACAAAUCUUAUUGUGGACUAAAAGUCAGAAUCACUCCAAAUAUGGUCUUUGGAAUCAUCACAAUAGUCCCUAAAGAGUUUCAGAACAUAACAUUGAUGCAUUCAAAGAUGACCACACUAUACCGGUAGAUGCACUUACAUUAAUAUGCUACAAUAUGCUAAAAACACUUCAUUCUUAUUGCCAUGAACAAUAGGACCAAAUGACACCAUUUGGAAUGUAGGCCCAUGGUACAUUUCUUAACUUAGUUUGAAAAAAGCUAAGGGAUUGGUAAAAAGAUGGCUGAGUUAUUGACAAAUCAAAAAUCAGAUUUUACGUGUCCAUUUAAACCCCUGUAAAACACAGUGGCUUAUCAACUUGAAACUUGUCAUCGCUAUCAUGCAUGUCCCUAAGAUUAACCACACAAUUUGGUAUUGUUAUCUUAAAAACCAGAAAACUAUUAACAACUCAUUUGCAUAUGUAACACUAAUGCUCAAAAUCAUCUGCAUUCAUCUUCUCCUCAUGAACCAUACUUCAGAUUCACUCCAGAUUUGUAUUUAGACUCAUUACAUCAGUCUUUAAUGGUUUUGAGAAAAAAUUGUUGCUGCAUUCAAAUAUGGCCGCAUUGUACCUAUAGACUCAGUGAAGUAGCCUCUAAUGAAUUUGAGAAAGGUAACCAACCUACAGCACUUGACUAAACUUAACUUGCGUCAUCCUUGUUGUAUUGCAAGAUAAACAUGGUAAUGCUUUCACUGACUGCACAUAAAGGAAGAUUGUUUCUACUUGAUAGUGCUUGCUUUGUUUUCCAACUGAUCUUGUGUCCUUUCUGUCAUCCUGUGAGGAUUGUGCUCUCCCCCCUUCCCUCUAUCCUUUACACUACCCUACCUGCUAGUUUCUGUUUCCGACUCCACCGACUUCCCUCUCACUUGCACCUUCCACCAGGAGUCCUGCACCUCAACUGGAAGAAACAGAAGUUAGAAAGGGAUUCUCAACCAAUGAUAAUGCUGAAGUAAUCAUUCAGUUUGUAGAGUACACAAUGCAAAAUUCCGGUUGGAGGAUUCCCGCAAUCAGGAGGGUAAUAACCAGGGAGGGAAUUCUCCAUCUGGGAAUACUCCAACUGGGAUUUCUGAAAAACGUGGACGUUUUGGGGGAAUUUUUCAACCCUACCCCCUGAUCCUCAACUCUGGGCACCCAUUAAUUUCCCAUGUGGUUUUCUAUUUCAGUAUCGUGUUGUUGCUGAUCAAAGCCACCAGUAAGUCCAGAGUGAAUCGCAGUGGCAUCAGUCCCCUCCACCUGGCCGCCGAGUGCAACAGGGACGAAGUCCUGGAGGUCCUAAUUGAGGCCGGCUACGAUGUUGACGCCAUACUGUCGGAGGACCACUCCAAGAUGUACGAGGAUCAUCGCAGCACAACACUAUACUUUGCCGUCGCCAACGGCAACGUGGAAGCGACCACCAUGCUUCUAGAAGCUGGCGCCAACCCCAACCUAGACACCUUCAACACGCUACUGGUGGCUGUGAGGCAGGGUAGUAUCGAAUUGGUCACUUUGCUGGUGGAGCACGGGGCCAACGUUAACGCAUACGUCCCCACUCACCCCACCUCAUUCCCGGCCACUGUCAUGUUCAGUAUGAAGUACCUGUCCAUGCUGAAGUAUUUGAUGGACAAUGGCUGUGAUGCCCACUCCUGUUUUAGUUGCACUUACGGCAGUGGUCCACAUCCACCCAUUAAGGAGACCUCUGAGAGGGAUUACUUGCGCUACAAUAACGAUACACGAAGGAAUACCAGGGAACCUGUUCAGGUAAACAAAAUAAGAGUUAAAUAUUUAGUAUGUGCAUGAGUAAUAUAUUCAGAUACACUGUAAAUAUAAUGGUGAAUCCUAUAUAUUGAGUUCCCACUUUACAAAAAGUGUUAAAUUAUAAAUGUACAUGGGAGUUAAAUAGGCUGGUAUAGUUAUUAUACUACAUAGUAGUUCCAAUUAUACCACAGUCAGGUAUAACAGCUGUAAGUACUAUGUAACAAUGUUUACCUACACUGUAAUCUCCUAUGUAACUGUCAUGCUGUCAUGUUAUCACAGGUAUUUGGGACAUUUUCUUGUGGGGACUUAAAAAUACAAUAUACCAUAGCCUACCAUUGCUUAAUGUGUUUCCAUCAUUAGUUCUGUGAGAUCAUCUCAACUCAGGCAAUAAACCGCUGGGCAGGACCCAUCAUAGACGUACUCCUGGAUUAUGUUGGCCAUGUGAAACUCUGCUCUAGACUUACUGAACACCUAGAUAGCUUCGAGGACUGGGAAGUCAUCAAGGAGAAAGCAAGUGAGUGUCCCCGGACUUGCAAACAAACACACACAUACAUACCCAUACUGUACACACACACAGACACACCUACACAUACACUCUUAGAAUUUUUUUUAGAACCUUUAAGAGUUUUUCGGCUGUAGGAGAACCCUUAGAAUAACCAUUUUUGGUUCCAGGUAGAACCCUUUUGGGUUCCAUGUAGAGCGUCACAUAUUACCGUAUCUGUUACCAUUGUCUUCCAGCGCCACCGCGUCCACUGAUGCAGCUGUGUAGGCUGAAGAUCCGGCAGCAGGUUGGAAUCCACAGA